AUGCAGCAACCCAAAUCCGCUCUCUCGCCCCUUCCCGACAUCGUGCGCGGCCCAUCCGCACCGCCGCGACUACCACUUCGCCCUUCCCCACCACCGCCUGCUCCAGACUUCCUCGUCAUCGGCUUGUUCGCCCUGCGACUCACCAAGCGGCUGAUCGAAAGCCUCGAGUACUAUCCCGGUCGUGAUGCCGACAUCAUCUGGCUCGUUAACUUCCUCUCGCCCUUCCACAACGAAUACGAACUAGCCAAGAUCUCAGGUGCUCGGAGAGAUGACUACCUCGCGACGUAUCAGAGCAUUGUCUCACGGAUGAAGAAGCAGCCAAAAUACCCUAUGCGAUUCAUGCAGAUGAAUCCAGAUCAAUCGGCGCAGCCAACAAGGCGAGGAAGCGAGAUGGAGCGACCGAGGGACAUGUCCGAUGUUGAGCGACUGGAGGUCAUCAACUUCUGCGAUGCAGCAGGAGAGUGGGGAUCAAUCCUCCCGAUACCAGCGCGUGAAGCAGAGAGAAUGGUCGAACUGGCUGACCGAAGGAAAAUCGCCGAUCUCGAUGAGCCUCAUCGGCAACGACCGCAGUACGAAGAUAGGGAGGGGCCACGAGAUCGCAUGCAAUCACGAUCCGAAGAUAGAGAGGAGCUGCUAGAGCGAAGGCACCCACGCUUCGAGCCGCAUUCUUUGCCUUACGACACGAGAGGACCAUUGCAAGAGGUCAGGCAGCCGGAACGCGAGGACAGAUAUGGACUACACAAUACUGGGGUGUGGCGUGGCGACGAAUACCUUCCGCCUGACGAAAGGCGGCAACCAGCGGAUACGAGAAGGAGACGUCGGGUAUCUUUCGCGGAUGACAGGCAGUACUACAAGAGACCGCUCACCUGGAAGAUGGCGCUCCGCGACCCUGCGAGCACUGAUAUCGUCGACUAUUGUAUACGUGGCGAGUCUAACCACCUCUAUGAAGAACCAGAUGUCGACGAAGACAUCGUGUAUCGCAUUAUUCCCGGAGAUGUAGUGACGGACGAAGAACUGGACAUAUGCGCUGGCAACUUCUCUUCUGAUUACGGCGUGUGGAGUUGGAGAGCGCAUCUUGAAAUGGGGAUGAUGGCCGAGUAUGGUAAGUCCUCCGGUAUUAUUGGAGCGUGUAGGUCGGCAGCCAAGGACGCAUCGCUGACUUUGGUGUAG